AUGGUUAAAGAACAAGCAGGAGUCCGUAUUUCAAUUGAGGAAUAUGACAGUGAGAAGAAAACUAACGUCUGUAGGGUGAAGCGGUUUUCAUACGACUCAUUUGAGAUUUGGACCAAGAAACUAGGCUCCACAGUUGUGGCCACUUAUUGCGUUGGUUUGAAGAAUCUAGCAGUUAUAAAAAAAAAUUGCCCUAACAUAGAAGUCCUGAAGCUUCAGGGGGUGCAGAACCGAACACCUAAACUACUGCGCCGACACAAUCUACGUGAUAACUUCAAGUGCCUGAAAUGGCUCACUCUAGAUUCCUGUGGCUUAACAGACAAAUGUGUGAACCAAUUUGUAGCAGACAAAGCCUUAGAAGGACUAAAAUUCUAUUGUUCCGACACUGUGACUGGUAGUUGCUUGAAAAAUAUGAACCUGUCAAAUUUAAAGUCCCUUGAGAUUCAAAUGUGUAGCGGUUUUGAGGCCAAACACAUGCUUCCUGCCUUUGAACGCCUUAGCGAGCUGACAGAGUUAAAACUGUGGAAUAUUUCUGGUGAAUUUCUUGAGGAGAUUCAGGUUGGGUUGGAUAAGAUGCCGAAAUUGGAGAAGUUAGAUCUGGAUGAUGAUGAGAGAAUGAGGGGGGAGUGCGGUCAGCAACUGAGUCGGCUGACGCGGUUGAAGGACCUCAGGCUGGCGUACCAGAUGUUUGACGAGGACAUAGAGGCGAUCACGCGGUGCUGCACGGAGCUGGUGAUUUUGGAUUUGUCAGAUUGUCGAUCAAUGUGGCGGCGCAGCGUGCGCUCGAUAUGGAAGAACGCGGGCGCGCGGCUCACGUCGCUGACGCUCGGCCAGUUCGUCGACGCGAAGGACGCCGACGUCGUGGCGCUCAUCCGCGGCUGUCCGAACCUCACGGAGCUAACGGUGACAGGGUCGCGCCAGCUGACGCCGCGCCUGCCGGCGCGGGCGGCGGCCGCGCGGCGCGCCGCGGCGCCCGGCCGCGUGCUGCAGCUCGACCUCAGCUUCACUAAUCUCUCGAGCAGCCUUUGUGUGGAAGAUACCGAUGCCGAUGGACCAUAUCCAGAGGUUUUGAGAAAGAAGUAUAAGGGCUUGGAUAUAACUUUUUUCUAAAAUAAAUACAUUGUUAUUUUAAGCAAAGAAGAUACUAUAUGCCAAUAAAAA